GAAGUGGUGCUGAAUGGGAGGCCUGUCCCAGCCCCUUCCGGGCAGGCGGGCGCGGGCGGAGGCGAGCCCGGGACAGGGAGGGGCGCCGAGAAGCGCGAAUCCGAACUGCGGGCGGCGCGCGGGGAAGGGCCGGGAGAGCCGCGGCGUGGAGCGGGUCGGGUACUGCCUGUGAGCAUCCUGCCUGUCCCUCCACAGCCUCGAAGAAAGAAGAACUCUUUUCCAUCUGGAAGUUCCCGGGAAGCUUCUGUGGCAGUCAGUCUCUGUGGAUUUCACAGGCUCCAGAGAACACAUUGAUGUGUUGUGCCCAAGCCCGAAACACAGCCGGACAGCUCCUAGGCAGGAAGGGUUUGCCAGAGGAAUUUUCCAAGUACUAGGACGCCAGGACUGCGGCUCCUGUGGUCAGGCUUGGAGGACAGCGUGGGGUAGGAGGAUCGGUGCCUUGGGGCCAUGGCGACCCAGGGCCUGCCCCUUUACGUGGCCACCCUCCUGACUGGGCUGCUGGAGUGUGUGGGCUUUGCUGGCGUGCUCUUCGGUUGGACUUCUCUGGUGUUCGUUUUCAAAGCAGAACAUUACUUUGAGAAUCUGUGUGAGCCACAGGCUGGGCCGCUGGGCAACAUCACUGGUGUCGAUGGUGUGGAGGUCUGCAAAGCCCAGGAUGCCAGGUUCUCACUUAUCUUCACCCUGGCUUCAUUCAUGAACAACUUCAUGACGUUUCCCGCCGGUUACAUCUUUGAUCGCUUCAAGACCACCGUGGCCCGCCUCAUAGCCAUAUGUCUCUACACAAGUGCCACCCUUAUCAUUGCUUUUACCACUGCAGAUUCUGCUCCUCUUCUCUUCCUGGCCAUGCCCAUGCUCACCGUCGGGGGAAUCCUGUUCCUGAUCACCAACCUACAGAUCGGGAACCUAUUUGGGAAACACCGUUCGACCAUCAUCACCCUUUACAAUGGUGCAUUUGACUCUUCCUCGGCAAUCUUCCUCAUCAUCAAGCUUCUUCAUGGACUUGACAUCAAACUCGUGCACUCCUUCAUCUUCAUCUCUAUCUGUAGUAUCUGGCACGUUGCACGCACUUUCCUCCUGAUGCCUCGUGGGCACAUCCCCUACCCACUACCACCCAACUACACCUAUGGUCUGUGUGCCAGGGACAGUCCCACCACGACAGAGAAGCAAAUAGCUGAGCAAAAAUGCAGGGAGCUGCAGUCAAAGGAGUUCCUCCCGUCAAAGGAAGAGAUCUUGGGACCAGCGCAGCAGCAGGGAUCUGGCUCUUUCUGGAGCUACGCUCUCUCUUGGCGCUUUGCCUGGCACCUCAUGUGGCUGUCUGUGAUACAGCUGUGGCACUACCUCUUCAUCGGCAUUCUAAACUCCAUGCUGACCAAGCUGGCCGGGAAAACGGAGCUCGUCAGCGCCUACACAGAUGCCUUUGCCAUCACUCAGUUCUUCGGCAUUCUGUGUGCCCCGUGGAACGGCCUGCUCAUGGACCUCCUGAAGCAGAAGUAUCAGAGGGAUGCCAAGAAGACAGGUACCUCAGACGCCUCGGUGGCCCUCUGCUCGACGGUGCCCUCGCUGGCCCUGACGUCCCUGUUGUGCCUAGGCUUUGCCAUCUGCGCCUCGGUCCCCUCCCUCCCGCUUCAGUAUGUCACCUUCGUCCUGCAAGUGAUCAGUCGCUCCUUCCUCUACGGGGGCAACGCGGCCUUCCUCACCCUCGCUUUCCCUUCGGAGCAUUUUGGAAAGCUCUUUGGGCUGGUGAUGGCCUUGUCGGCCCUUGUGUCCCUGCUGCAGUUCCCCAUCUUCACCCUCAUCGAAGGGCCCCUCCAGAGUAAUAAUGUGUACUAUGUGAACGUGGUGUUGGUGCUGGCCAUUCUCCUGACAUUCAUCCACCCCUUCCGGGUGUACCGAGAGUGUCGUGCUCAGAGGAAAGCCCCUUCUACCGCUCUGUAGCUCGGCCUGAGUCCUCGCCCAGCAGCCCUGAGGGUGCUCUUGAUGAUCUCUCCCCCGAUCUUGGAGGAUUCCCUGUCCAGGAGGACUUUACCUACCCACGCUAUGUGUGUGAAACUCCUGUAACUAACAGCCGGGACGUCUGAUUACCAGGACAGAAUCUCGGCUGCUAAGUGGGUUGAUGUAGUGCAGACCCGAAGUCAGGGCACGUGGAUGUUCUCCCUGGAUGUGGCCUUGCUGACCCUGGGCCCCAGGGAGCAAGUUUGGGGAAGACACCAUGUGACCCGGGUGCUGCUGAUGUCCAUGGGUGCUAGAACCCCUGCUGCCCAUGGCCUUCAAGGGAAGCCCUCGGUCGCCAUGGCCUCCCUAUGCUUUCCAGCCUGGAAAGGCAGUGGUGACAGUGGCUCCUGCUUGCCUGUGGCCCCCCACUCACCUGCAAAGGUGCAGCCUUGGGUACAGAACUCCUGGUGAGCUGCCGGGGGAAAGGCUGCUGCCCUGAAGGACAUGAUGGAGUCAGGUCAUUCUCGGUGUCUUGGGAAUCAGCUGGAGGGUCAGUGGGGAGGAGGAUUUCAAUCAGCUCUUUGGGGAAGUGUUUCUUUUCAAGGUGGAGACUGGUUCUUUAGUUUGAGCGUUUUGUAGGGAACUUUUUUUAAGGAAUAAUUUUAUAGAACAAUAAAGCCUCUUCAAGACA